AUGGCCGGCGCAUCAAGGAAAGAUCUUCUCAAGAAGGUGUACAAUAUGGUACCACCAAUGCUUGAGAGCUUCCACAAGGGUCAAUUGGGUCGGGUAGCUGUCAUUGGUGGUAGUGAAGAUUACACUGGCGCACCCUACUUCUCAGCCAUGGCUUCCGCAAAGCUAGGUUGCGAUAUGUCUCACGUAAUAUGUGAACCAGGUGCAGGCGCUGUGAUCAAGACCUACUCUCCUAACCUGAUGGUACACCCGUACAUGCGGCAAUCCAAGAACCUAGGUCAAUCUGAGAGUGCCGAAAGCGUCAGUGCAGAAGUCAUUGGCAUGCUAUCACGACUCCAUGUCAUCGUCAUCGGCCCCGGUCUCGGCCGUGAUAAGCUCAUGCAAGACACCUGCGCAAGAGUCAUCGAAGAGGCCAGGAAACAGGGUAUUCCGUUCGUGUUGGAUGCAGAUGGUUUGUACCUAGCGCAGACGCGACCGGAGCUUGUGGAAGGCUGCAAAGAGUGCAUUCUCACACCCAAUGUGGUCGAGUUUGGUAGACUAGCCAAGGCAAAGGGCGUCAAUGUUGACGAGGGAGACCCUUCGGAACUGUGCUCCAAGCUGUCCAAGGCCUUUGGUGGUGUUACCAUUAUUCAGAAGGGGUCUAAGGACUACAUUUCCAACGGCACACACACACUCGUCUCGGAUGGUGAGGGCGGCUUGAAGCGCUCUGGUGGUCAGGGUGACACUCUGACAGGUAGUCUGGCGACACUGCUGGCCUACCGGAAGGCAUAUCAUGACAAGAUUUGGGAUAUUGGCACUGAGAUGUCAAGGAGCGAGACACUGGCUCUUGCGGCAUUCGGCGGCUCAUGCAUUACAAGGGAGUGCUCCAAGUUGGCUUUCAAGGAAAAGGGCAGAUCGCUGCAGGCCAGUGACCUGACGGAUCAUGUCCACACUGCUUUCCUCAACAUCAUCGGGGAGAGGGAGGAGACUCCGAUGUUGUAGACACGUAGGGGUGCUGCAAGAUGGAAUUCUGUGGGCGUGUGACUUGACUGUAACGUAAUGAAAAACUACAAUGAAUACUUGCA